AAAAAAUCUCUGCAGUGCUUGAUCCUCUUCACACGCGCAGUUUGCACAUCUCUUUAAUUUAAAAGCUAAUUCUUAACCAGUUAUGGUGAUUUGACCUUUUUUCAGGAUUAUUAUUAUUAUUAGGCUGUUUAUGAUGGAACCAUCAGAAAUCAGCACGUGUUCUAGACCUCCUGAGUGCCAGCUUUCUGAGGAUGUGAAGACAGAGACUUGUUCAAUGUCAAGUGGAAGCUCAUCAAGUGUUGUGGGACACGUCAUUCCCACAGACCAAGAGAACAGAGAAUUCCCAAAGGAGGAGCCUGAAGAUGAAGACGACCUUUACUGUGAGCACUGCAGGUCCUUCUUUACCAAUGAGUGUAAUGUUCAUGGUCCAGCUGUCUUUGUCCCUGACACUCCUGUUCCUAUGGGAGUCGCUGACCGGGCCAUACAAACCCUUCCACAAGGUCUAGAAGUUCGAGAGUCUAGUAUUCCUGAGGCAGGCCUGGGUGUCUUCAAUAAAGGUGAGAUUAUUCCAGUUGGUGUGCACUUUGGACCCUAUGAGGGAGAUCUGGUAGACAAAGAGGAAGCUAUGAACAGUAACUACUCUUGGGUGAUAUACAAAUAUAAUCAAAGUGAGGAAUACGUAGAUGCCAAAAAAGAGACACAUGCUAACUGGAUGAGGUAUGUGAAUUGUGCUCGUAAUAAUGAAGAGCAAAAUCUUGUGGCAUUCCAGUAUCAAGGGAGAAUUCUAUAUCGCUGCUGUCAAAACAUUAAACCAGGACAGGAGCUCUUGGUGUGGUCUGAAGAGGAGCAUGCUAAAGAUUUUGACAAAACGAACGGCAUUCUUUUGCAAGUCAUUUCUUACUCUCUGUAUCCACUCUGCGAGAAAUCUCAACUUUAUGUACGCGGACGUAUUAGGAGAUGCCGGUAUCACCAAGAUGAGCGAACACAGGAAUCCAGAGAGAUUAAAUGUGCAGAGAAUCCAGUGGCCACAAGGAGCCCUGAUGGUCGACAUGUAUCUGCUAGCCUUACUAAGUUUCACAGACGAAUGCAGAAGGAAAUUCACCAAUGCUCAGAGUGUGAGAAGAGUUUUUUUCAAUUAAGUCAUCUCCGAGAACACCAGCGCAUUCACACAGGGCAGAAUCUGCAUCACUGCUCACAGUGUGGGAAGAGUUUUAAUCGAGUGCGUAAUCUUCAAAUACACCAGCGCAUUCACACAGGCGAGAAGCCGUAUCGCUGCUCCCAGUGUGGAACGAGUUUUUCUUCGUACACUACCCUCCGACGCCACCAGCGCAUUCACACACAAGAAAAGCCGUAUCACUGCUCACAGUGUGGGAAGAGUUUUAGUCGAGGGACUACUCUUCAACAACACCAGCGCAUUCACACAGGAGAGAAACGCUAUCACUGCUCACAGUGUGAGAAGAGUUUUAGUCGAGCAGGUACUCUUAAAGAACACCAACGUAUUCACACAGGGGAGAAGCCUUAUCAGUGCCCACAGUGUACAAGGAGCUUUACUCAGCAGGGGCAUCUUCAACAACACCAGCGCAUUCACACAGGCGAGAAGCCGUAUUACUGCUCAGAGUGUGGGAAGAGUUUCAAUAAGAGCAGUAAUCUCAAAGUACACCAGCGCAUUCACACAAGAGAUUGGAUUAACUUUGACAAACUGUUCCUGAUCUGUCUCGAGCUUUACACUAAACUCUCCACUGCUCAGCUUUCUGAGGAUGUGAAGACAGAGACUUGUUCAAUGUCAAGUGGAAGCUCAUCAAGUGUUGUGGGACACGUCAUUCCCACAGACCAAGAGAACAGAGAAUUCCCAAAGGAGGAGCCUGAAGAUGAAGACUACCUUUACUGUGAGCACUGCAGGUCCUUCUUUACCAAUGAGUGUAAUGUUCAUGGUCCAGCUGUCUUUGUCCCUGACACUCCUGUUCCUAUGGGAGUCGCUGACCGAGCCAUACAAACCCUUCCACAAGGUCUAGAAGUUCGAGAGUCUAGUAUUCUUGAGGCAGGCCUGGGUGUCUUCAAUAAAGGCGAGAUUAUUCCAGUUGGUGUGCACUUUGGGCCCUAUGAGGGAGAUCUGAUAUACAAAUAUAAUCAAAGUGAGGAAUACAUAGAUGCCAAGAAAGAGACACAUGCUAACUGGAUGAGGUAUGUGAAUUGCGCUCGUAAUAAUGAAGAGCAAAAUCUUGUGGCAUUCCAGUAUCAAGGGAGAAUUCUAUAUCGCUGCUGUCAAAACAUUAAACCAGGACAGGAGCUCUUGGUGUGGUCUGAAGAGGAGCAUGCUAAAGAUUUUGACAGUAUGUUUGACUGCCUCAUUAAGAAAGGGCAUGAGGUGUUAGUGAUGGAGGAGAGGGGAAGAUGCAGUACUGAUGGAGUAGAAGUAGAGACGGUAAUGAUGCUUUCUGAGGAUGUGAAAACAGAGACUUGUACGAUGUCAAGUGGAAGCUCGUCAAGUGUCGUGGGACACGUCAUUCCCACAGACCAAGAGAACAGAGAAUUCCCAAAGGAGGAGCCUGAAGAUGAAGACUACCUUUACUGUGAGCACUGCAGGUCCUUCUUUACCAAUGAGUGUAAUGUUCAUGGUCCAGCUGUCUUUGUCCCUGACACUCCUGUUCCUAUGGGAGUCGCUGACCGAGCCAUACAAACCCUUCCACAAGGUCUAGAAGUUCGAGAGUCUAGUAUUCCUGAGGCAGGCCUGGGUGUCUUCAAUAAAGGCGAGAUUAUUCCAGUUGGUGUGCACUUUGGACCCUAUGAGGGAGAUCUGGUAGACAAAGAGGAAGCUAUGAACAGUAACUACUCUUGGGUGAUAUACAAAUAUAAUCAAAGUGAGGAAUACAUAGAUGCCAAGAAAGAGACACAUGCUAACUGGAUGAGGUAUGUGAAUUGCGCUCGUAAUAAUGAAGAGCAAAAUCUUGUGGCAUUCCAGUAUCAAGGGAGAAUUCUAUAUCGCUGCUGUCAAAACAUUAAACCAGGACAGGAGCUCUUGGUGUGGUCUGAAGAGGAGCAUGCUAAAGAUUUUGACAAAAAGAACGGCAUUCUUUUGCAAGUCAUCUCUCGCUCUUUGCAUCCACUCUGCAAUAAAUCUCAAAUUUAUGUACGCGGACGUAUUAGGAGAUGCCGGUAUCGCCAAUAUGAGCGAACACAGGAAUCCAGAGAGAUUAAAUGUGCAGAGAAUCCAGUGGCCACAAGGAGCCCUGAUGGUCGACAUGUAUCUGCUAGCCUUACUAAGUUUCACAGACGAAUGCAGAAGGAAAUUCACCAAUGCUCAGAGUGUGAGAAGAGUUUUUUUCAAUUAAGUCAUCUCCGAGAACACCAGCGCAUUCACACAGGGCAGAAUCUGCAUCACUGCUCACAGUGUGGGAAGAGUUUUUCUUCAUACACUACCCUCCGACGCCACCAAUAUAUUCACACCGGAGAAAAACCGUAUCAUUGCUUACAGUGUGGGAAGCGUUUUCGUCAAGGGAGUCAUCUCCGACGCCACCAGCGCAUUCACACACAAGAAAAGCCGUAUCACUGCUCACAGUGUGGGAAGAGUUUUAAUCAAGUGCAUUAUCUUCAAGUACACCAGCGCAUUCACACAGGCAAGAAGCCCUAUCAUUGCUCACAGUGCGGGUCAAGUUUUACUCAACUGAGUACUCUCCAACAACACCAGCACAUUCACACAGGCAAGAAACCGUAUCACUGCUCAGAGUGUGGGAAGAGUUUUACUCGCCAAGGUUCUCUCCAGUUCCACCAGUCCAUUCACUCGGGAGAGAAACCAUAUCACUGCUCACAGUGUGAGAAAAGUUUUACUUACUCCAGGACUCUCCAGCUUCACCAGCGCAUUCACACAGGGCAGAAUCUGCAUCACUGCUCCCAGUGUGGGAAGAGUUUUAAUCGAGUGAGUAAUCUUCAAAUACACCAGCGCAUUCACACAGGCGAGAAGCCGUAUCGCUGCUCCCAGUGUGGAGCGAGUUUUUCUUCAUACACUAACCUCCGACGCCACCAAUAUAUUCACACCGGAGAAAAACCGUAUCAUUGCUUACAGUGUGGGAAGCGUUUUCGUCAAGGGAGUCAUCUGCGACGCCACCAGCGCAUUCACACACAAGAAAAGCCGUAUCACUGCUCUCAGUGUGGGAAGAGUUUUAGUCGAGGGACUACUCUUCAACAACACCAGCGCAUUCACACAGGAGAGAAACGCUAUCACUGCUCACAGUGCGAGAAGAGUUUUAGUCGAGCAGGUACUCUUAAAGAACACCAACGUAUUCACACAGGGGAGAAGCCUUAUCAGUGCCCACAGUGUACAAGGAGCUUUACUCAGCAGGGGCAUCUUCAACAACACCAGCGCAUUCACACAGGCGAGAAGCCGUAUUACUGCUCAGAGUGUGGGAAGAGUUUCAAUAAGAGCAGUAAUCUCAAAGUACACCAGCGCAUUCACACAAGAGAUUAAACAUGUUUGUAUAAAACCAGUGUUUAGGAUGUCUACAGAUAUUUACUUUUGCUAAAACGUUAAACUGACCCUCGGACUGUGGCAUAUGACAAAUUGUGGAUGCGUCAUUUAGGUUUAAUUUGGUAAAACACAGUUACUGGCAAACGCGUGAGAUGUCUACAUAAUAUUCGUUACCUUUUACAUAAUGACAUUUUCAUUAAUCUUUUGAUGUCUUAAACAUAUAAACUUGACUGAAAUGUUUUACCUCAUACAUUGUAUUGGGAUCUCUUAAACAGGGCUUUCCCCAAUGUUUAAGCACUCCACUGCUAUCACUUGCACACCAAAAAAAAAAAAAGUUAACCCUAACCCUAAAUAUCUCCUAUUCUUCUCUGAAAAUAAGUAAUAACUACAGAAAUAAGAUAUUGUAAUAUAUCGGUCUAGACUAUCCUGCUACUCAACCCAGAAGUGAAAAUAAAGGGAUUCACUGUGUGCACUGACUACAAUUCACAACCGUACAUAAAGCCACCUUCGAGGCGCUGGCUGCUAGUUGGCACUGUUGCUCAAUUUGACCUCAAUUGUGUUCCUGGAACCCUGGAAUUGGAAAAUGAAGAGGCGUGCUAUGAAGUGUUUUCAUUUCAAAUCUAAUUUUGUCUUUUCAAUUUUGCUCCUUGCAUAUUUGACAAGGUAAAAAACAGAAAGUUUAAUAGUGUUGAAUUGUGCCUAAAUCAGCCCUAGAUGCCACCAGAAUGCAAGAUUUGAAGUCUCUAAUUUCAAACUUUUCUGGUGGAGCAUGGCCCUGGGCCCGAACCCUAUAGCAACCUUCAGGGCCCUCCAGGCCAGGCCAGCCCUUAUGGGCUCUGCAUCAGUAGCACCGCUCUGAUAAUUUUUUCUGGGGAAAGCCCUGCUUCAAUGAAAUACAAAGCAGUCUAAUUUCUUUAAUGUGAUAUGCUAGAUAGCCAAAAGUUUGUAGACACCCGAGUAUCACGUCCAUAUGGACUUGAACCCCAGUUUGUUUGCUGUAAUGGUCUCUAUUGGGAAUGGUUUCCAUUAGAUUUCAUAUAAUGACUUCAGCAAGAUGCAGAUCAGACAGUGAUGCUUGGUGAAAAGGCCUGGCUUUAAUUUACAAUUCAUCUCCGUUAUUUCAUACAGUUUCAGCCAGUCGGGUUCUUGCAGGCCAGUCGGGUUCUUGCAGGCUUGUCGAGUUCUGCCACACCAAACAUGGCGCACGAUUUCUUCAU